AAAAAAAAAAAAAACCUCGUCUGCAAAUAUUACACAUUAUCCAUUAGACAUUACGUUCACCAUGCCAGUGUACUGCGUGACCGGUGCGAACCGGGGCCUUGGCCUCGAAUUUGUCCGCCAGCUCGCUCUCCAAGGGUCCAACACCAUUCUGGCCUGCACCCGCUCUCUCGGGUCUGACCUCACCGACCUCCGGGCCGCCGCGGCGCCGUCGGCCGCGACCGUGCACGUGCUCGAGUGCGACACGGGCGACGAGCAGUCCGUUGCCGCCUUCGCCACAGCGGCCGCCAAGGCCCUCUCGGGCGCCGGCGGCGCGCAGCCCGCCAAGAUCGACUGCCUCGUCAACAACGCGGCCGUCAACCUGCACGUGGAGCACUCGUCGCUGGACCUCGCGGCGCCGGUGCUGGCCGAGACGCUGCGCGUCAACGUGGCCGGGCCGCUGCAGACGGUGGCGCGGCUGCACGCGGCGGGCCUGCUGGCCGGCGGCGUCCGCGUCGUCAACAUCUCGUCCGGGCUCGGGUCCAUCUCCGAGGCGAGGGCCGAGGGCGACGACUCGGACCAGCCCAGCUGCGCGUACCGCGUGUCCAAGGCGGCGCUCAACAUGCUGUCGGUGCAGCAGGGCUACGACCUGCGGCACCGGGGCGGGCUGAAGGGAGCCGUCGUCGCAGCCGUGGACCCCGGGUGGGUCCAGACUCGGAUGGGAGGGUCCGAGGCGGCGCUGACGCCGGAACAGAGCGUCGGGGGGAUGUUGAAACUUAUCGGCGGUCUGGGGGAUGCGGACAAUGGCGGCUUCUUUCAGUAUGAUGGACAGAAGAGGGAGUGGUGAUGCGGGAUAGGCAGAACAAAUAUGUGGCGUGUCGACCCUCUGACUUGGGCUGGACCUACCUUGUUAUCAUCCGCAUAUCGGCCAACAACGUUUCUUUUUUUUCGCCUGAUAUGUGAAGACAAGACCGACAACGCCAAUGAUAGUGGCCAGGCUACCGAACACGAUGGUUGCCACGAGGCCUGGGUCAAUCUGAGCGUUCGGGUUGGACGGUCCGGUCCCUUGGGGCAGGGUUUCGAUUAUGGAACGAUCGGCGAUGACGCCCUUGACGAAAGUGCGGACAAUCAUCAGGUUAACCUGACUUCCUAACUUCCUACUCGGCUUCGGUUACUCGAGAAAUGUCGGAGCUCGGAGUGGUGUAAUUGUUCUAGCCGCGCUCAGCAGGCUCGAGGGGCGAGGUGGAACACGCCCAGUACAUAUAAGCAGGCAGUCUGGUUACACAGACAAGGCCCUGUGCACGCUCAUGACGUAUCAGGCCAGAUAUCAACGAUGC